CUGGUCGGCGUCAAGUUGGCUGAAGGAUUCGGACUUGAAGAGACGCCGUUAUUUCCAGUUGCUACGAGUGAGAGAAGUAUAAAUGGUUGCGUUUGUGGGACUGUUUGCAGCCGUCAGUAGCGAGAGGCGGACUCGUUAGUGCAGUACCACCUCAUCUCGUCCGCUAUUACAUUUAUAUCAACCUCCUCAGCACUUCGGCCUCUUUUCUACACGAACUUGCUCGGCAUCAAAGACGAUGGCGCCAUUUGACGACACUACGGGCGCAACCCGCUUCGACAGCUUCGACAUCUAUCGCACCUCAUACAAGCAGAUCGGAGACCACAACAUCGAAGUGGGGAUCCUAGUUCCCAAAGACCUUCAACCGGUCAAACAUCCGCUGCUCAUCAAGUUCCACGGCGGCGGUCUCGUGACAGGCACAGCGCUCUACCCCGACUGGUUCUCCGCCUGGCACGUCCCGUUGAUCCAGCGCAACACCGCUAUAACCGUCCUGCCCAACUACCGUCUCACGCCCGAGCACACGGGCAACGACAUCUUAGAGGACCUCGCAGACUUCUGGAAGUGGAUCAAUGGCGGCGGCCUCACAGAUUUCUUCGCGUCCCAGAAGCUAGCAAUCGAGGUCGACUUCGAGCAUAUGCUCGUCUCCGGUGACUCCGCUGGGGGCUACAUGGCGCUGAUGAGCGGCAUCUCCAUGCCCAGGGGAGCUAUCAAGGCCAUAAUCGCGCAGUACCCCAUGACAAACUACCUCCGCUGCGAUCCAGAUGCGCCCUUCAAGGUGGAUCCUAAGCCCCCGCUCUCACUGGUGGACGAACACAUCGCAUCCAUCACGCCCGGCACGGUGAUCUCCUCCGCCACGCCGCCAGCUCGCAUGGAACUCUCCUUCGCUCUCGCGGCCUACGGCCGCUACAAUGAGUUCUUCGGCACCGGCAAGCAUCUCUGGCCGAUUACUGCGAUCGAAGAGGCGGAGCAUUUCCCGCCGACGCUGAUUAUCCAUGGCGAACAGGAUACGGCCGUUAGUAUUGAGGAUAGCCGGGCUUUUGUGAAGAAGGCGGGAGAAGUUGUGCCGGGGGCGGAGAUCAAGUUCGCGAUGACGGACGGGGAUCAUGGGUUUGAUGUCGAGAUGAAGGAGGAUGAGCACGAGUGGUUGAGAGAGGGGUUGGAGUGGGUCGAGAGCAAGUGGUUGGCUUGAUGGGCAGACAUAACGACUUGUCUCGUCGUGGCUAUGCUUGAGGUGAUGAAGAAAGUAUUGUCGAUUGUAUCCUCUCCGCUUGAUCAUGAAUGCUCGAGAAAAGAGUUCACAUAUGGGACGUCCCCUCCUUGAUGUGGGCAAUUGCUCUCCUCGCAUAAUCCAUCU